UUUCGCUCAAGCCAGGGCUUCACCCUUUUGGCGUGUUUUUUUUUUUUCUGUUGGGAGCACGCUUCGGGCCGCCGUGCAGAUGCCCCCUCCAGGGCCAGACCACGGGCAUGGCGCAGGCGGCCGGGCCCGUGGGCCGGAAGAGGGGCAGCCCAGCCGGUUGAGCGCAGACCUUGCGGCGCUAAGUCUGGUGCGAUGGCACUCCGCUCGCACAGCGGCCGCCUCAUCUCGAAGAGCAAUGAACAUCCGGCCCGGUGGCCCCGGGGCGCCUCCGGCCCCCACGUCCCCGCCGCCGCGCCCCCGCGCGGGGCGCCCACGCCGCCACCGCCGCGGAGCCUCGGCGCCCGGCCCCGCCCGCGGGGCGCACUCGGGCCGCCGCCGGCCGCGGCCCGCGGCGAGGGGGAGGGCCAGGCCGCGCUGAUCCGGGUGAGCGCGGAGGAGGAGGCCAUCCUGGGCUAUCGCCAGGCCGUGGGGGCACGCGACGACGGCCUGGAGCUCUUCCUGCGGGCCCCUCUGCAGCUCGCCACGGCCGAGCAUUCGGCGGAGAACAGGGGCCUCGUCUGCGUGACGCUCGCGACGCCGGCUGCCCUCGAUGGCUUGGGAGGCAUGCAGGCCGCCCCUGGUGAGACGCGCAGCCCCUUCCAGGCCCAACAUCUUUUGCCCGAGGGCGCCAGCCGCUUUUCCCUCGAGUGCGGCUGUGAGCUCGGUGCCCGUAGACUGCUGAACCAGCUCUCUGCAGCAGGCUGCGUCCUGCAGGGCUUCCCCCAGAGGUACGGGUUGCGAAAUGAGAUCGGCCGAGGGGGCUUCGGGGUGGUCUACCUGGCUCACGACACCUGGACCGGCCAAGAGGUGGCGGUGAAGGUGUUUCACUGCAGGGGUAAUGGGAUGCACAUUCCCCCGUUCCGCGAGGCGAUGCUAUCACGUUGGGCCAGCUACCCAGUGUUCCCCGAGUUCAAGGCCAUAUACAACAUAUCGGACGAGGAGCUCGAAGAGUUGGGUUUGGGAGACGAGCUGUUCAACGAAACCAUCGCCCUCGUGACGGAGUACAUUCCUGGCGGCGAUCUGUUUUCAAGUCCGGGGCCCCCUGUGGGCCCCGCCAGGGACGCCUCGAAGGGCGCCGGAGCCUUGGCCGAUGCGCCCGACGCCGUGGAUGCCCUGGGGAUCGGGCGGUCGAUUCCCCGCCGCCCGCUGGGCCGUCAGUGGCCAAAGAGCCGAGCACGGCCGCGUGCCGCGUUCGGCAAAGGAACCACGGAGGACCCCGUGUCGGCCGACCAGGGGGCGAAGCGCCGCGGCGGGUGGGGCGGGGAUUGCUCGGCGGCGCAGGGGGAGGACCAGGACGGACCGGUGGCCCAGGCGGCGGAAAGGCGCGCCAGCAGUGCGCGCAGCACGGGUCGCCAGGGCUGCGGCGGCAGCGCGGAUGCCCCGGCGUCCCCAGUGGGUGGGCCGAGCUUUCGCCGCAGUUGGCACCGGGUCGCGAGCAAGUCCGCGUCGCAAGCGGGUCCGUAACAGCUCUGCUUGGCGUUGCUGGGUGGAGGCAGGUAUACUGGCCGCCUUUUUGCUGCGAGCUGGGCUGGAAGCCCCACAGCUCGAAUCAGAGUGUCUUGCCGAAGACGUCGGUUUUCGGCUUCGACCGACCCCUGCUCCUGGCUCAUGUUCGAGCCACUUCCCUGCAGUCUUCCAUAAUUUGGCCUUUUGCGGAGCAUUGUGCUCCUACAUCCAGCAGCGGCGCCGACACGGAUAGGAGCGAGGGGGUUGUCAGUGAGUGAGGAGUUAACAGCCAAGGGAGAAAGCGAUUUGAAAUUUCAUUCGCGUGGGCAGAAUCCCCAUCGCUCCGAUGUCGAUUGUUUAUUCAUGCUCUGCCACAUGAGGCCAUUCAAUACGGGCGCGCUGUGUAGCAUGCAUCGCCCUCGCGCUUGUCACCUAAUUGCUGCGAGCUGCUGCUUAUUCUGUACGUGGUUCUGUUAUCAGAUCGCUCGCAGGCUCGAUGCAUAAUCCGCUUCAGGCGGGCUCAGAUUACGUGCGGGUUCGAUGCUCCGCGCCAGCUUGCAUUCCGCGCGGGCUGGGCACAGUCGUCAAGGCUUUUGCGAGACACGACGGCAGCCUGAACGUCGUGGGCUUCUCUGUUUUUCAGAGGAUCGUGUCCUCUGCCCUCGUGUGUGGACCCAUCUCCACGCUUUGCUCGGUCAGGCUUGCUGUUUGAUGCACGCCAGGUGAGGGUGCCUCCAGUCGUCCGCCAACGUGAUGGUUCCGUGAGGUUAUGCGCCUGGGGUGGUCAGUGAGCUGUUUAGAGCACGGGCUUUGUUCCGAUGUGUAGUCGUUGUGCUCUGUUCCGAACAAUUUUAUAUAGGCCAAACUUUUUGUACAGUGACUUGGUUGCCCCACGGCACGUUCACUGCGCAGGACGUGAGCCCCACGCCACAUUCAGCGCUCAGCUUGCGCUCAUCCGCGGUGCCGGGGUACAUAGAAAAGCAAUGGGCUCUUGUUGCCCAGACUUCACAUGGACUCGCAUUGCCUCCCCUGGUCUCCAGGGCGGUCUGAUUCUGGAGGUCAUCACAAGGAGGACCGCUCGCAGGUUGCAGGCGUUUCGUGCCGACUAGCGAUGUUCGAUGAGCCCGAAACACGUGUCGUGUUCUUGAGCUACGGGGCGUCGAUCUGCGGGCGCGCAUCGUGAACUUUGGAGUGUGACCUUUGGCAGCGUAUCAGC